UCUGCGAUGACGUCACCAAGUCUGUCUCCAUCAGGCUGCUGAAGAAGAAGAAUUCAUCAUCAAGCCCCUAAAGAGGAGCGUUCAGGUUCGAUGCAGGCCAAGUAGUCGUCACAACCCGGGGACAACCCGGCUUUCUACCAGCGUGUUGAGGAUGAGUAUGGAGGAUUAUGACUACUUGUUCAAAAUCGUUCUGAUCGGGAACGCUGGAGUUGGGAAGACAUGUCUUGUACGCCGCUUCACUCAGGGCCUUUUCCCGCCCGGUCAAGGAGCCACCAUCGGCGUGGACUUCAUGAUUAAGACGGUGGAAAUCCGAGGGCAGAAGGUCAAGCUGCAGAUCUGGGACACGGCGGGACAGGAGAGGUUCCGCUCCAUCACACAGAGCUAUUACCGCAGUGCCAACGCCCUCAUUCUCACCUACGACAUUACUUGCGAGGACUCCUUCAGGUGCCUUCCCGAGUGGCUGCGGGAGAUCGAGCAGUACGCCAACAACCAGGUGGUGACAAUAUUAGUCGGUAACAAGAUCGACCUGGCGGAGAAGAGGGAGGUCCAGCAGCAGCGAGCCCAGGACUUUGCCGAGGCCCAGGGCAUGGUCUACCUGGAGACAUCGGCCAAGGAGUCGGACAACGUUGAGAAGCUCUUCCUGGACCUGGCCUGCCAGCUGAUCCGCGAGGCCAAGCGGAACAAGCUGGACAACACGGACACUGCGCCCAUGCCCGGCGAGGGCAAGACCAUCAGCUACCUGAGCUGCUGCAGCCUGGUGUAGGGCCCCGACUGGAGGGGUCCCCUCACCCACCACACCGUCCUUUCCAUGGUUCCCUCAUGCCUUCUUCCAGGCCUCCUUUCCUUCUGGGAAUCCACGCAGGGCCUGUCGUCAUGGCAACACGGUCACCCCGACGUCACCAGCAGUGUGAGUGACCCAGGAAUGUUUUCCUUGCACUAGUGAUGUGCGAUACUGCAUCUUGGUGCGCUGGUAUCAGUCUCCAAAUACUUCUAAUGGCCCAUACUGGGGGGGCCUGUUGAGGUCUUUUUUUUUUUUUUUUUUUUCAGGAAAAAUGCUAAAACCAGAUAUCAGCUGAGUAGUAUUGAUUUUAAUAUUACUUAUUAGAACAUUUGUCUCAUACCAAUUUUUUUAACCUUUCUUUUUAACUGUUGAACAAUAUUUAUUAUUUUGUUUUUUUAAUUAAUUAAUACAUUUUUUUAAACUAACGGAUUUUGGUAAAUCUUUAAGUAUAUUUUAUUUUUAUUAAAAAAACAACAACAUUAUACGUAUAUUUGAAGACAAAACGUGUACAAGGUGACUAAGUAUAAUUUUAUUAUUAGAAAAUGUUUCUCAUUACAAUUCAAAUAGUUUUACCUUCUUUUUAACCAUUGAAAUAUAUAUAUAUAUAUAUAUAUAUGUAUAUAUAUAUUAAAUUAGUUCAUAAGUUUUUUUUUAAUUAACUGAUAUUUUUAAAUAUUUUUUGUUUUAAAAACAACAUUAUAUAUAUAAAGACAAAAUGUAUUAAAGGUGACUAAGUGUAUUGUUAUUAGUUUAAAAAUGUCGUAUUUUUCUCAUUACAUAACAAUUUAAAAAAUGUUUUUUUAACUGAACUAUUAUUGUUAUUUUAUUAUUUUAUUCACAAGUUGUUUUUAUUUAAUUUUUGUUCAUCUUUAAGUAUAUUUUAUUGUUAUUUUAAGAGCUAGUAUUUUAGACCUAAAAAAAAAAACAUGAAUUAAAAGACAAAACUUGUUAAAGGUGACUAAGUAAAUUAUUAUUAUUAUUAGUUUAAAAAUUUCCUUUUUUUUCUCAUUACAUUCCGAUUUUUUGCCUCUUUCUUUUCUUACAUCUUUACUGGGUUUUUUAUUUUUAUUUUUUGAUUAAAAAGUUAUUUGAAAACACAACUUUUGACUUUUUCAGUAUAUUUUCACCAAGUAUCGGUAUCGGCUGGGUAUCGCCGAUACCAGCCUGAAUAAGACCAGGCAUGGAUAAGUGGUAUCGCACAUCACUAUUAUUGUUUGUCCUUCUUCAAACUGUGAAACCUUGGACUCCUCCUUGCUGCUAUGGUGUCUUCUUGUGUUGAAGCAACUGCAUCAGUAUUUGGCCUUCUCGCACUCCUAAAAGUAAACUAAUAUUUUUAUGAGAAGCUGUUUUCAUUUACCGACAUGAAUAUUCACCGCGUUAAGUUCUUUCAUAUGCUUUUAUUGUGAAAAACCUCUGCAUUGCAUGUUUUGCCAUGUAGUGAUGAUAUAUUGAUCAUAACGUACUGUAUUGCACAAUGCCGUUUACUGCACACUUUGUUUUACUGUAACAUGUUUCUCCUACUCAUAGCACUUUUUUUUUGCUUUUGUAUUUAGAUUUUUUAAAAUGGCAGAUGUUUUUGUUUUGCUUUCUUACUUCGAAGUGGCAGCAGUUGCUUGUUUCCGGCUAACGCGAUAGGAAAACACUACAAGGGUGUUGCUUUCAUUCCUUACAUUUUGUGUACAAAAGUGUAUAAUAUUAAAUAAUACUACUAAA